UCAUUGAUUUUUUUUUCCAGCAUGUGUACAGUAUUAUGAGAGUUCUCUAUGCGUUCAGAUAUUCCUUACUGGUUUUACAGUGUAUAUCGUAAUGUGUGGAAAAACAAAGAUGUUUAUUAUUCGUGUCCUUCAUGAAAGGUUUAUAUAACUGAAGUUUCUUGGCUGCUCUUUAUUUGAGAGGUGUGAACUGACUGGAUCAUCAUGGGGUCCGAAGACGUCCUCAAGAGUGCAUCGACUCUGGCAUCGUACAACGUCCUGCUUCAGGUUAUGUUCCGGGUGCUUACUUUCUUUCUGAACGCGUUCACACUGCGCUUCAUGUCGAAGGAGUUAAUAGGCGUGGUCAACGUCCGGAUGAUGCUGCUGUACUCCACACUGGUUUUCCUUUCCAGAGAGGCGUUCAGGAGGGCGUGUCUAAGCGGAGAAGGGGCGGGGCGUAAUUGGAGACAGGUUAUCAACCUGCUAUGGCUUACGUUGCCACUUGGCUGUCUUUGGGGUGUGUUACUGGUGUGUGUGUGGCUGUGGUUACUCCAGGCUCCAGAUCCUCAGACUGUCCCACAUUACGGACCUGCUGUGGGAAUCUUCUGCAUGGCUGCUCUAACCGAGUUGCUCGCUGAGCCUCUGUGGGUUCUUGCUCAUGCUCAUAUGCUUGUUCGCUUAAAGGUGAUUGCAGAAAGUCUAGCAAUAAUUGCUAAGUGUCUUGUCACCGUGAUUAUGGUGGUCUCUGCUCCUCAGUGGGGUCUCUAUAUAUUUUCUGCUGCCCAGUGUGUGUAUGCAGCGUUCUUGUGUCUUUGCUACACUGUCUACUUCAUUCACUUCCUGGGUUCUGAGGAAGCAGAGAAGAAGUUCUUUCCACUGCGCCACAUUUCAGAGCUGCUGCCCACCAGAGUUCACAGACAGCCACUGAUAAACUGGAAGCUUGCCACACUGACUUGGAGUUUCUUCAAACAAUCUUUCCUCAAACAGAUUCUCACAGAAGGCGAGCGUUAUGUGAUGACCUUUCUGAAUGUACUCAACUUUGGAGACCAGGGGGUGUAUGAUAUAGUGAAUAACCUUGGGUCGAUGGUGGCUCGGUUUCUCUUCCUGCCUAUUGAGGAGAGUUUCUAUGUUUUCUUUGCCAAGGUGUUAGAGCGCGGACGUGAUGUACAGCAUCAGAAACAAGAUGAGGUCUCUAUUGCAGCUGAUGUACUGGAAUGUCUGCUGAAGCUGGUUCUUCUGAUUGGCCUGAUUAUCACUGCGUUUGGUUACUCCUACUCUUACCUGGCCCUCGAUAUGUAUGGAGGGGAACUUUUGAGCAGUGGAACAGGUCCCUCACUUUUACGCUGUUACAGUUUUUACGUACUACUUUUAGCCAUUAAUGGUGUUACAGAGUGUUUUGUGUUUGCUGCCAUGAGUAAGGAGGAGGUAGACAGGUAUAACUUUGUUAUGCUUGGACUAUCCGCCUCCUUCCUGCUGCUUUCCUAUUUUCUGACUUGGCUGUUUGGGGGUGUCGGCUUCAUCCUGGCAAACUGCUGCAACAUGGCUUUGCGAAUUAUCCAUAGCCUUAUUUACAUACACCGCUACUUCCUGCACAGUGACCACACCCCUCUGUCAGGGCUCCGCCCACAUCCUACACUCUUAAUUGCUCUCACAAUCAGUUCCAUCCUGACAGCAUUCUCAGAGCGUGCACUGUGUUGUGACGGUGGCUGGUUGCUGAGGCUGGCGCAUAUCUCCAUCGGAGCAGUUUGUUUACUGGUUGUGGUCAUGGUGGCGUUUCUUACAGAAAGAAGACUUGUUCAGUUCAUCAGAACUCAGCUACUACCCCACUACGGCAAAAAACGCACAUGAACUUGUAUCAUCAAACAUUCAGUGGGACCUGUCAGUUUGGUGUUGGACAAUGUAUUGCCUUGAUACAUUUAGGUAUCUGUUAGAACUAUGCAGAUAAUCUACAAACAUCUGUGUUAUAAUUCUUUGCUUCAGGUUGGUUGUUGUGUUUGGGGAAUUUGUAUGUUUUAUUCGGGGAGUAAUAAAACAAAUCAAUUUCUAUUUCAAAAGUAAUCAUUAAAAUCUGACACCAAAAAUGUACUGGUUUACAAGAAGUUUCUGUUUACCGUCAAUAAAUGGAUCCCCCCCCCCCUUUAAACAUUUAACAUGGGAAUUAAACCUGUCCAUCCAUUAUCUGUAAUCGCCUACCCUUUGCAGGGUUGUGGGCAAGCUGGAGCCUAUCCCAGCUGACUAUGGGCAAGAGGCAGGGUACACCCUGGACAAGCCGCCAGGUCAGGGAAUUAACAACAUUCUAAUUUGAGAAAUGUUUUAUAAAUUGACAAGGUUAGGUAUGACAGUGAAAAUUCUAAAUGGUUUUAUGACUUUUUUUUAAUAAUAAUAAUUUCUUACUUGACAGUUGAUAAUUGACACUGUACACCUAGCAAUACUAUAUUUAUUAUAAAUCAUAAUUGAGGUAAUUACCCAAGAUGGAGCAGUUUGCAAUUUUUAAGAGCCCUCUGCUGCCAACUGUAUUAACAAUUCUUUUCCUUUCUUUCAGUGUUUCAAAUCAACUGCACACUGUUGAAAUGACGUACUCCUCAUAAAAGUCCUUUACAGAAAAAGGCGCUGAUCUGAACAGCUCUUGAGGGUGGGACUUGAGAUAUUAUUUGGGCUAGAAAAAUGAGAACAGAACCCUGAACCGAAGAAACUAGCCCCAUCUAUUUGAAUAAAUUAUUACAGGUUUAUAAACACUUUACUAAAAAGGUGCAGUUUGUAAUUUUUAGAAGAUAUGAUGGUCUACACCACACCGUAUUUAUUACUGGGAGCAAAUUGUGAAAAAUUUGUGGAGGAAAAAAAUAAAAAAAUUGGUAUGAACAA